UUGUCUCCCCUCGCCUUCCGUAGUCGGUACUUCCGGAAUUCUGGGUUUGGUUCACCGGAAGCGGCGGAGAGGGGGUCUGAAGGAGCGGCGCUGAAGGGGCCAAGAUGUUGGUGUUAGUGUUGGGAGACCUUCAUAUUCCUCACCGCUGUAACAGCCUGCCAGCUAAAUUCAAAAAGCUGCUGGUUCCAGGGAAAAUCCAGCACAUUCUUUGCACCGGGAACCUCUGCACGAAGGAGAGCUAUGACUACCUCAAGACCUUGGCUGGUGACGUUCACGUCGUUAGAGGAGAUUUUGAUGAGAACUUGAACUACCCUGAACAGAAAGUGGUAACCGUCGGACAAUUUAAGAUCGGGCUGAUCCACGGCCAUCAAGUGAUUCCCUGGGGUGAUGUGGCCAGCCUUGCGCUGCUGCAGAGGCAGUUUGACGUCGACAUCCUGAUUUCAGGGCACACACACAAAUUUGAGGCAUUUGAACAUGAAAAUAAGUUCUACAUUAACCCUGGGUCAGCAACAGGAGCCUACAGCGCUUUGGAAAACAACAUCACCCCUUCCUUCGUGCUGAUGGAUAUCCAGGCUUCCACGGUGGUUACCUACGUUUAUCAACUGAUUGGCGAUGAUGUGAAAGUAGAAAGGAUCGAGUACAAGAAGUCUUAAAAGCAAGCUGUCCUCGCCUAACAUUUUCCAGUCUCUCUUUUUGCAACAUGCACCCAACGGUCCGCAGCGUUUGCAGUCUUGUGAGUUUAUGAGAUGUCUUCUCUUACCCUGUCGUAGGCAACUAAGUUUACAACCCUCGACUUCUGACAAAGUCUGCCUUGGCUUGGCUUUUUUUAAAAAAAUUUUUGGCCCCAAAAGUGGCUCCUGCUUGUAAAUACUACUCAAAAGCGCACAGCAGAAUUCUGCCUGUUCAUGUGAACUGUUCCCAGUCUUGUAAUAAAUACUUGUUCAAUUUCAA